CUUUAAGAGCGAGUGAGAAGUUGAUCAUCGAGAGGAAGCUGAGAAAGAGAACCCAAUCUUCGAUUCUCUGCUUAGCUUUCACUACCACACACAAACAGAGCUUCCGUCUUUCUUCUUCCUCCAUAUGCGUCGCUCUUAAAAUCUUACGAUUCACAAUGUCCGUCGUUCUCAACGCCGGCUUCACUUCUCCGCUUCGUAACAGAUCCCAUCCUGUUAUAGCGUUAAAGACUUUGCCUGUUGCGUCACACAUAUCUCUAAACAGUUCAAGAAGGUCACUGUUAAGCAAAAGAAGAUUGGUUGUAUCUUGUUUGGAUACAAAUGACAAUUCUGUCACAACUACAUCCGUAGAUUCUUCAGAUUCUAAUAAACCAGCAAGUGAGUCUGUUGAAUUAGGCAAUGGCGCUGCUAAAAGAGCACCGUUGACAGCACGAGAGAGACUUAAAGCAGCUCGUGUUCUUAGUCGAUACACGGAAGCAACACCGAAACCGUCAAAACCCAAAUGGGAAGCCAACUUCUUGAUGUGCUCAAGGAAAGUGAUAAGAAAUCAAAGAGGAAACCGGGUCUACCCGAAGCACCAACCAACAUGCUUGAUGAUAGCAGGAGAGGGAUGCCAAAGAGUGGCCUUACGUUUGAUUUACCGGGAGGCUCAGAUAUCCUCAUCAUUGCAUUCUCCUUUGUGUUCAUAAGCACUGUGAUGUUUGCUACUACUUUUCUUGUUUGGAAACUCGGAGCAAUACACUUCAACGAAUAGU